AGCAAAACAGUACAACUCAACAGUGUUAUAGUGGGACACUGAAAAGAAGACUAAUACCAGAAUUUUUAUUGCAACUUGGAAUAUGGGAUUAAAUCACAUUUUAACAUGCUGUCAAAAUAGUUCUAAGGAUGUGAAGCAAGAAUCCCAUUCUGGCAGUGGUGAUGAAAACAAGGAGAGAGGAAAUUGGUCCAAAAAAUCAGACUACCUUCUUUCAAUGAUCGGCUAUGCUGUGGGUCUGGGCAAUGUCUGGAGAUUUCCCUAUCUUGCAUACAAGAAUGGAGGAGGUGCCUUCCUUAUCCCUUACACAAUUAUGCUUGCCCUGGCUGGACUCCCUUUGUUCUUCCUGGAAUGUUCCAUGGGUCAGUUUUCUAGUUCGGGCCCAGUAUUGGUUUGGCGAGCUGUACCAAUUCUACAAGGUGUGGGUAUCACAAUGGUUCUAGUCACAACAUUUGUUUCCAUUUACUACAACAUAAUCAUUGCUUACAGUUUAUAUUAUAUGUUUGCCUCAUUCCAAACUAUACUUCCUUGGUCUGACUGCUUUGCAUGGGCAGAUGAAAAGUGUAGUAAAGUCACUAGAGGUUUUUGUAAUGUUAGUCUUUCUAAUAACACUGUGGCCUAUAAUUUAACAUGGGUCAAAGAGAGAAAUCUUACCUGCAUUGAGAACAGUAUAGUGAUGGAAGAUGUGGAUCUACCAAGCAAACAGUACUGGGAAAAAGUAACACUUCGACUUUCUGGCGGGCUUGAUGAGACUGGAGAAAUUGUUUGGUACCUGGCUCUCUGUCUUCUGCUAGCUUGGAUAAUUGUUGGUGCUGCUCUCUUUAAAGGAAUAAAAUCUUCAGGAAAGGUUGUUUACUUUACAGCAAUAUUUCCAUAUAUUGUCCUUAUUAUUCUGUUGGUUCGAGGUGCUACAUUAGAAGGAGCAUUCAAUGGAAUUGACUAUUACAUUGGAACAAAAUCAAAUAUUACCAAAUUAAUGGAGGCAGAGGUUUGGAAAGAUGCUGCCACCCAGAUCUUUUUUUCACUCUCUACAGCCUGGGGUGGAUUGAUUGCUCUCUCAUCGUACAAUAAAUUUCACAAUAACUGUUACUCAGAUGCCAUUGUGGUUUGUGUUACCAACUGCCUGACUAGUGUAUUUGCUGGGUUUGCUAUCUUUUCUAUCCUGGGCCAUAUGGCAUUUGUUACAGAUAAACCAGUACCAGAAGUAGUAGAUUCAGGUUUUGGUUUGGCUUUUAUUGCAUAUCCAGAAGCUUUAGCAAAGCUUCCCAUUUCCCCUCUUUGGUCCUUCCUGUUUUUCUUUAUGCUGCUGACCUUGGGCUUGGAUUCACAGUUUGCUAUGAUAGAAACAAUUAUAACAUCGAUCCAAGAUGCAUUUCCACAAAUGAUGAAAAGGAUGCGGAUUCCCGUUACUAUUGGCUGCUGCGUGAUAUUGUUUCUUCUGGGCCUUCUCUGCGUGACACAGUCAGGGAUAUACUGGGUUAACCUAAUUGAUUACUUCUGUGGUGGAUGGGCAAUCCUUUUUUCUGCUGUUCUGGAACUGGUGGGAAUCAACUGGAUUUAUGGCGGCAAUCGAUUCAUUAAGGAUAUAGAGAUGAUGAUUGGAGAGAAACACUGGACUUUCUGGAUUUGGUGGAGAGCGUGUUGGUUUGUCGUUUCUCCUCUGUUAUUAACAGCUAUACUCUUGUGGUCUCUUAUAACGUUUCAUUCUCCUACCUAUGGUUCUGUUGUCUAUCCGACAUGGGGAACAGCAAUCGGCUGGUGUAUGAUCUGUUUUUGUCUCAUCUGGAUACCAAUUGUAGCUGUAUUAAAGAUUAUCCGUGCAAAAGGAAAUGUUUUACAGACCUGCAAAGCAGCCCAGAACUGGGGGCCCGCCUUAAGCCAGCAUCGAGGAGAACGAUACAAGCACAUGCUAGAUAGCAAACAAGCCCAUGCAGAAGAAUUGCCAACAGUCAGCAAACUGACAGGAUAUGAUAAUUACACCUAUUUCUAAUGGGACUGCUGAAGAUUAAAGAGAUGCCUUUAAAUUUAAAAACUGAACUAGUAACAAAAUGAGGCAGAACUUCCAUAUAUAUGGAAAACACUAAUAAUCAGAUAUGGGAUUUGUUGUCCAGAAUAUUGGGGCCUGGAGUUUUGCAGAUGCAAGGUUUUUCCAUAAUUUCAAUCUCUAUACUUUAAGGGGGCCAUUUACUAACGGUCAGAUUUUUAUUUCUUUUCUGAUUUGGAUUUUUUAGUGCUAAAAGUUGCUGAGAAAAAUCAUGAUUUUUUGGAUAUUUACUAUUUGACAAAAUUGCUAAAAAUCCGAAUCUGACAAUUGGCUGAGAUCAUUUAUCAGUCAAUGGCAGAUGUCCUUUCCCUUCCCUUCCCUGGAGGAUCCUUGUUUGCUUCAAAACUUUCGAGGGUUUCAUCUUUUUAAUUAUUUGUGUGACAAUCUGAAAAAGUAGAGGUUUUGGUGCGAUAAUUCAGAAAAAGUUGCAGUUUUGUGACUUUUCAGUGACUUUUUCCUGCAUGUACUUUUUCAGUUUAGACUUUUAAGUAAAUGUCAGACAUUCGUGGAAAUUAGUUUAUUAGAAUUUUUAAAAAGAAAAAAAUGAGAAAAGGUAAGAAUUUUAUUAAAUCUGCCCUUUAAGCUACUAAAUAUAAUUUCAACAUUAAAUAAACCCAAUAGGAUUGUUUUGCCACCAAUAUGGAUUCAUGCAGCUUAGUUACCAUCAAGUACAAGGUACUGUUGUAUUACUCCAGAGAAAAAGGAACUUAUUUUUAAAAAAAUAAAAUGAUUUAAAAUGGACUAUGUGAAAAGACUUUCAUGUAAUUUAAAAGUUUCCGGAUAAAAGGUCCCAUACUUGUCUUGCAAAAGGCUUACAAUUAUUAUGUGACAAAAAUUAAAGGCCUUGUAACCCAUAACAACCAUUUAGAUGUUUGCUUUCAACCAGAUGACAAGUUAAUGCUAGCUUUUGAUUGAUUGUUAUAGGGUUAUUUUACAGUGCAUUAUUAUGCACACACUGCUCCUCCCUUAAUACUGUAGCAGCUUUACCGAACAGGGACCUUACAUCAAAAAAGGAAUAAUUACUUACAUUCAGGGUAAAUAAUGAAAAUUUAAACAGCUAUAAACUUAACAAGUACUAAGCAAUGUGUAAGUAUUUAGAAUACUUGCACAAUAACUGUACAUGGGGUGGGACAAAAC